AUGAUACGAUUGGAUUUCGUUGGUACUUGUCUUGUUUUAUGUUGGAUUUCGUUUGUAAUCGGUAGUUCUUCUACCUCAAAUGCGGCAAAAACUUCAUCAUCGUUCACAUUUCCUUAUGUGAAGCCUGACCCAUAUCCUGUUUUGGUUCAGAUUCCUGAAGGAGCGAUAAAUAACUUCCUAAAAACGGGCUCUAGUACUGGAGGUACGUAUGCUAUGGUGAAUGCUACAAUUCCUCCUGGCGCUGGUCCUCCUCCUCAUAUUCAUCACUGGACCAAUGAGUGGUUCUAUUUUCCUGAAGGUGGGCUGGUGAUAUUUAGUAGUGAUCAACAGUAUCCAAACCCUGCUCAAAUACCCAAUGGAAUUCAGCUCCCAAAGGCGAAUAUGCAUCGUUAUUACACAAAGCCUGGUGAUUUAAUUUACGGGCCUGCAUUUUAUGUGCAUGGCUUUCGUAACGAAGGCAAUGUGAGCCGCACGGUGAUAUUGGCUUGGACACCCGACGUGAUGAGUCAAUAUUUUUUUGAGGUUGGACAAAUAUUUACCGAUCCGUGUAGAAGACCCGAUAUUAGUACCAUUAACAAAGCACUCUUCGUCUCCGAAGCACCCAAGUAUGGUAUCAACAUGAGCUCUUAUUGGAAUGAAUAUGUUGCGUCUUGGGCUGAUGACUUUCAACCCGCUCUAGGUAUGGCUGCUAACGCGCAAGAACUAUUUGACCUCAUAGCCAAUAGUAGUAGCCAAAAUGACUCGUGCAAAACACUACAAUCCCAUGCAGCAUUAUCACAGCCGUCAUUUUUACUAAUCUAUUCAAUCGGAUUUUUCAUCGAGAAAAUGUUAUUUGCCUUCUCUUAA